AUGGCAUUUCAUUGCCCUCGGGAUGGGGAUGGUCACUCGCAGUCAAGAACAUCAACUCAUAAAAGGCAAAAACAAUAUUUUGAGCAAAGGAAACGACAUCACCAGCACCACACAACUGGCUUUGAGAGCUAUGCUGAUGGAAGACGCUCAUACACAGAAAAUAACAGAUCGCUUGAUAUACUUAGCCUGGCAAAUGUAUCAGCUGCAGCUCAAGAACUCGCAGCCAGUCGUGUCUAUGAAGCUGGGGAUAACUCUGAGGAUUGUGAUUUCACUUCAGACCAUCAAUACAGACUACCUUAUCAAGUUACUCUUGAUGCUGAAGACCUUCCUGUGGAUCAAGUUCAAAUCAAAGCAAAAGGAAGUCCAUCAAGCUAUGGCACAGAGGCUGUAUAUUCACAAAAGGUUCCAACUCAUUUGCAGGACGACAAUGAAAAUUUACACGGAAAUGAGAACAAGCUUGAUCCUUUCAAGUUGUCUGCGACUCUCUCAGAGAUAUCUGUCAUUGAUUUGCUAAGUGACAGCAGACCAAAUACUAAAGCAGAAAAAAACUCAGCUCAUGCGCAGGAAGCUCAUGUUUCAUUUUCAGUUGAAGGUUUAGGGAAAGUGGAAACAGAAACUCCGGUACAGUCACCAACUAUACAUGGCAGACCAUUUCCAAAUUAUUUGUCUCCCCAGAAAAAAGCAAGGCGACAACCUUCAAUAUCCAAACACACUAAUUAUGGUUUUCAUGACCCUGAGUCCCAAGUGGAUUUUGAUAUUUCGCCAUAUUACAGUUCAAUAGAUCAGACUUUCUGCUCCAAGGACAUGAUGAAUAUCAUUGGCGAUCCAAACCUGAUGUUCUCAAAUCGCAGAUGUUCUUCUCCAUUAAACUGGGACAGUAGUAACUCUCAGGGUGCUUUUGACGAUGAUGAACUCAUUUACAACAUUCGAGACAGUGGAAGAAACAUAUGGAAUGGUCCUAGCUUCUUAGAAGCCAGUAUUGAUGACUUGGGAGAACAUGAAAUAUUCUGCAAGAACUGGGAUGAUCAAGGCAGUGUUACUUGUGAUGAUUAUUUUCGUGACAAUGACAUAUGGAAGCAGGGCUUCAGUUUUGAUGGCCAGAGUUUAACGAAGAGAAGGUUCAACACUGAAAGAACUGAAAUUUUUGAUAUAAAAGCUUCACCAGUUCUUUAUUCAAAGCAUCAUACCACUGAAGACCUUUCUGAUAAAAUCUCAAAUACAAGGUAUUCAGCUGUAAGAAUUGAUGACGAUGUAAAAGAUCCUGUUAACCGCUUUGCUAGAGAAGAUAAUAGAGAAAGCUUGAGCCUGCUGAGUGAAGAAUCAUGCUCUUCAACAGCAGUGAGGGGUGAUGCAACCAGAAAUAAUGAGCAACACACUAAUGCUUUUACCUAA